AGGCUUCGCCUCCUAAAUCUCCAGGUGUUUCUCAACCGAGAUCUGGCAGUCCUAAACUACUGAAUUUUUAAAAAAUUCAGAAUGGCUUCGGGCAGCAGGAGACAGCCCAGAUUCUGGAACUGCGGAACCGGAAGCGAUUCAGUCUUCAAAGACUACAAGACCCAGCAGCGAAGCGGGCAUGAAUCGGCCGAAUAGCAACAUUCCGACUUCAAAUCCCAAGAUGCAAAGCGAAGGAGGGGAAGUCGGCGGAGGCGGUGGUUUUGCCUCGACUUUGCAGGGCGCGCUGGAUAAACUGGAACAGGCGUCGCCCUUGAAUAGGGGGCUAAAUCAAACCCCAGGAAGCAGCGGGAGGCCUUCCCCCAGGCCCCCUCUGAGGAGGACACCUACUGGAACUCGGAGAAAUCACAAUGCACAUUUCAAGUCUCCAGUCCUGCCAUCAAAGGCCUGUCCGUCUGAUGUUGCCAACAGGGAAACCCUCCAGCAGGAAAUUGAAGAGCUGAAAUGCAAAGACCUAGCCCUGGACCAGGAAAUAGAACAGUUGUUAUCCGAAGGUUUCAGCCUGGAGGAAUUAGACAGACAUAUUACUUUGCUGCAUGAAUACAACGAGAUAAAAGAUGCUGGACAAAUGCUAUUGGGCAGACUGGCUGUAAUCAGAGGAGUCACCACAAAGGAGCUAUACCCUGAAUUUGGCCUGGACCUUAACGACUAGAAGGGAAGCGGAACAUGCUUAUCAAUUACACAUACAGCACACAACCUGUUGUAAGCUCAAGUUUUCCAGGAAACCCUCAGUGAAUGGUGGUUUGUUUGAAGGUUUUUAACUGAAUGGUGAACUUGUUAAGCCCGUUACCUGCAUUUCCAUUGUAUCUGCGGUCAUUCAGGAGGUUACACCAGAGCCUUUUCCAUGGAUCAACUGACUUAAUGCUGUAGUUAAAUUCCUCGUGGAAGUUGAACGAGCCGGCUAUAAUAUACUGACGGUGUUAUUUUAAGGAAAGCAUCACCAUUCUGAGCCCACUUACUUCAAGAGGCUUAGAAGGGUAUAAUUUCGCUUCGGAUUGCACCGUGAGGGGCCCAGUGCAUCCUCUGCCACAGAAUGUUUUCUGUCCAUUCCUUUCCCGUUAAUGGGAUGAGCUUGGGGAAGCUUCCUGUUUGUGUCUUUUAGCAGGCCUAAUAGUUCCAACCUUGCCUCUUCGCACCCUUCUUUUUAGUACAAUGAAAUGAACUGGGGUGUCUCUUGGAGCAGCGGGGAAGAAUGAUAGUAUGCGGGAGAGCAAGUGGGUGGGGCCAAGAAACUUGCCUUGAUAAUGUUAGCUGUGGAAGAGUAGAAAAGGAGACUGUUUAGGACUAAAGCUUGUCACGCUAUGUAGGCAGCAUGCCAGGGAGCAGGUCAUUGAAGAAAAGUGAGUUGUAGUUGUUUUGUUUCAAAAUAAACGGAAAAUCGUUGUUUGCA